GAGCUGCGGGCAGAGAUGCUGGAGAUGCGGGACGUCUACAUGGAGGAGGAUGUGUACCAGCUGCAGGAGCUGCGGCAGCAGUUGGACCAGGCCAGCAAGACCUGCCGCAUCCUGCAGUACCGGCUUCGCAAAGCUGAGCGCCGCAGCCUCCGUGCUGCCCAGACUGGCCAGGUGGAUGGUGAACUCAUCCGAGGGCUGGAGCAGGAUGUCAAGGUCUCUAAGGACAUCUCCAUGCGUCUGCACAAGGAGCUUGAGGUGGUGGAGAAGAAGCGGGCACGGCUGGAAGAGGAGAAUGAGGAUCUGCGGCAGCGACUCAUUGAAACGGAGUUGGCCAAGCAGGUGCUGCAGACGGAGCUGGAGCGGCCCAGAGAGCAUUCCUUGAAGAAAAGAGGAACCCGUUCUCUGGGAAAGACAGACAAGAAGCCUUCAGCACAGGAGGACAGUGCGGAUCUGAAGUGCCAGCUGCAUUUCGCCAAGGAAGAGUCGGCCCUCAUGUGCAAGAAGCUCACCAAGCUGGCCAAGGAAAACGACAGCAUGAAGGAAGAGCUGCUCAAGUACCGCUCGCUCUACGGGGACCUGGACGCCGCCCUGUCGGCCGAGGAGCUAGCGGACGCCCCGCACUCGCGGGAGACGGAACUGAAGGUGCAUCUGAAGCUGGUGGAAGAGGAGGCCAACCUGCUGAGCCGCCGCAUCGUGGAGCUGGAGGUGGAGAACCGGGGCCUGCGCGCCGAGAUGGACGACCUGCGGGACCACGGCGCGGGCUGCCCGGGCGGCUCUCGCGAGGCCGAGGCCCUGCCCGGGCUGCGGGAGCAGGCCCUCCUGGUCAGCAAGGCCAUCGACGUCCUGGUGGCCGACGCCAAUGGCUUCUCGGCGGGCCUGCGGCUGUGCCUGGACAACGAGCGCACCGACUUCCGGCUGCACGAGGCCCCCGACAACAGCGAGGGCCCCCGGGACGCCAAGCUGGUCCACGCCAUCCUGGUGCGGCUGAGCGUGUUGCAGCAGGAGCUCAACGCCUUUGCCAGGAAGGCCGACUCCGCCCUCGGCGUCCCUGGCAAGGAGCAGCCUGAGCCCUUCUUGGGGCCCCAGGGGUCUUGCAAGGAGAUUAUCCUGGCCAAAGACCUUGGCUCCGACUUCCAGUCGCCGGACUUCAGGGACCUGCCAGAAUGGGAACCCAGGAUGCGGGAGGCCUUCCGCAUCAGUGACUUGGAUUCAAAGCCUGAUCCCAGUCGGAGCUUCCGGUCUUACCGAGCUGAAGAUAAUGAUUCCUAUGCCUCUGAGAUCAAGGAGCUGCAGCUGGUGCUGGCUGAGGCCCAUGACAGUCUCCGGGGCCUGCAAGAGCAGCUCUCCCAGGAGCGGCAGCUUCGGAAGGAAGAAGCCGACAACUUCAACCAGAAACUGGUCCAGAUGAAGGAGGAUCAGCAGAGGGCGCUGCUGAGGCGAGAGUUUGAGCUGCAGAGCCUGAGCCUGCAACGGAGGCUAGAACAGAAGUUCUGGAGCCAGGAGAAGAACAUGCUGGUGCAGGAGUCCCAGCAAUUCAAGCAUAACUUCCUACUGCUCUUCAUGAAGCUCAGAUGGUUCCUGAAGCGCUGGCGGCAGGGCAAGGGCUUGCCCAGCGAGGGGGAUGACUUCCUGGAGGUAAACAGCAUGAAGGAGCUGUACCUGCUGAUGGAGGAAGAGGAGAUAAAUGCCCAGCAGCCAGAUAACAAGGCAUGCACAGGAGACAGCUGGACCCAGAACACACCCAGUGAGGACAUCAAGACCCUGGCAGACAUGAAGGUAACACUGAAGGAGCUGUGCUGGCUGCUCCGGGACGAGCGCCGUGGGCUGACAGAGCUUCAGCAGCAGUUUGCCAAGGCCAAGGCCACCUGGGAGACAGAGAGGGCCGAGCUCAAGGGCCAUGCUGCUCAGAUGGAGCUGAAGACUGGGAAGGGGGCCGGAGAGCGGGCUGGGCCUGACUGGAAGGCAGCCCUGCAGAGGGAGCGUGAGGAGCAGCAGCAUCUCCUGGCUGAGUCCUACAGCGCAGUCAUGGAGCUGACCCGACAGCUGCAGAUCAGUGAGCGCAACUGGAGCCAAGAGAAGCUGCAGCUGGUGGAGCGGCUGCAGGGUGAGAAGCAGCAAGUGGAACAGCAGGUGAAGGAGCUGCAGAACCGCCUGAGUCAGCUGCAAAAGGCUGCUGAGCCCUGGCUUCUGAAGCAUGCAGACCUGGAGAAGCAGGACAACAGCCGGAAAGAGACACGCAGUGAGAAGAUCCAUGACAAGGAAGCUGCUUCUGAAGCUGAGCUUGGGGGAACUGGCUUAAAGAGGACCAAAUCUGUUUCCUCCAUGUCUGAAUUUGAAAGUUUGCUCGACUGUUCCCCCUACCUUGCUGGUGGAGAUGCCCGGGGCAAGAAGCUACCCAACAGCUCUGCCUUUACCUUUGUGAGUACCGAGCCAGUAGAUGCAGAGAAAGAAGCCAAGGAAAAUCCUGGGCUCUUGCCACGGGACUGCAGCCGCCUGGGAUCCCUGGCCUGCCAGGAUCCUGCCGGGAGGCAGAUGCAACGCAGCUACACAGCUCCAGACAAGACGGGCAUCCGAGUCUACUACAGCCCCCCGGUGGCUCGGCGCCUGGGUGUCCCUGUGGUCCAUGACAAGGAAGGCAAGAUCCUCAUUGAGCCUGGCUUCCUCUUUACCACAGCCAAGCCCAAAGACUCAGCUGAUGCUGAUGGGCUAGCCGAGAGCUCAUAUGGACGAUGGUUGUGCAACUUCUCCCGACAGCGCCUGGAUGGGGGGUCCGGGGGCAGCCCCUCAGCAGCCGGGCCUGCUUUCCCAGCCUCCCUGCAUGACUUUGAAAUGUCAGGCAACAUGAGUGAUGACAUGAAGGAGAUCACUAACUGUGUGCGGCAGGCCAUGCGCUCGGGCUCACUGGAGAGGAAAGUGAAGAGUACAUCCAGCCAGACGGUAGGCCUGGACAGUGUGGGCACGCAGACCAUCCGCACGGUCAGCGUGGGCCUGCAGACUGACCCGCCCCGCAGCAGCCUCCAUAGCAAGAGCUGGUCUCCCCGCAGCUCCUCACUCAUGUCUGUGCGCAGCAAGCAGAUCUCCUCUUCUCUGGACAAGGUGCAUCCACGCAUUGAGCGGCCAUGCUGCUCACCCAAGUAUGGCUCACCAAAGCUGCAGAGGAGGUCUGUGUCUAAACUGGACAGCACCAAGGACCGCAGCCUGUGGAACCUGCACCAGGGCAAGCAGAAUGGCUCGGCCUGGGCCCGUUCCACCACCACUCGGGACAGCCCAGUGCUGAGGAACAUUAACGAUGGACUGUCUAGCCUCUUCAGUGUGGUGGAGCACUCGGGCAGCACUGAAUCUGUUUGGAAACUGGGCAUGACUGAGGCCCGGGCCAAGCCCGAGCCUCCCAAGUAUGGCAUUGUGCAAGAGUUCUUCCGGAAUGUGUGCGGCCGUGCACCAAGCCCCACAUCGGUAGCAGGAGAAGAGAGCUCCAAGAAACCUGAACCUCUCUCCCCUGCCAGCUACCAUCAGCCAGAGGGCAUGGCCAGGAUCUUGAACAAGAAGGCAGCCAAAUCUGGCAGUGAGGAUGCCAGAACCACCAACCCAUCCCAGAUGGGCAAGGAUGGUGUCCCCCGUGAUGGAGAUGGAGUCUCAAUCCUUCCUAAUGAGGACACUGUUUGUGACUGUAGUGCCCAGUCUCUCACCUCCUGCUUUGUCCGGCCAUCCCGCUCUGCCAUCCGCCACUCUCCUUCCAAGUGCAGGCUGCACCCAUCCGAGUCUGGCUGGGGUGUGGAGGAGAGGGCAGUCGCCCCCAGUGAGUGACAGAGCAACUGAGCUUCCCACCUCCAGCAGCCUGGUCCCUGGAGAUUCAGGGAAGGGUUGCCCCCUUAGCCUUGCUGUGCCUGGA